AUGGGCAUUUAUUUGGUUAUUGAAGCCAGUAACGGUCUUAUUCUCAUAUGGGACAAGAAAACAAGCAUGUUCAUCAAGCUCAGUCCAGAAUUCAAUGGUCGUGUCUGUGGUCUGUGUGGAAACUAUGAUGGCAACACCAACAAUGACUUCACCACAAGAAGUCAAGAAGUUGUCAUUGAUGCCCUGACAUUUGGUAACAGCUGGAAGUUUUCUUCAAGCUGUCCAGAAUCAACGGUUGCAGUUAGCCCAUGUGCUAAUAAUCCUUAUAGGCAGUCUUGGGCUCAGAGACAAUGUAGCAUCAUCACAAGCAGCGUCUUCUCCUCCUGCCAUUCCCAGGUGGAUCCCUCGAAUUACUAUGAUGCUUGUGUGAGUGACUCGUGUGCCUGUGAUAGUGGUGGAGACUGUGAGUGCUUCUGCACUGCAGUGGCAGCUUAUGCAGCUGCCUGCAAUGAAGCAGGAGCCUGUGUAGCCUGGAGAACCCCAAGGAUCUGCCGUAAGUCUCCCAUCCCUUGGCGACAUAAUCGUGCUGACCAUUACCUUAAAAUAAACCGUAUCACCGGUAAUAUCAAUGGAGCCUAG